AGACAAUCAGCGUAUGUUACGCGGAAUUUUCACCGAAAAAUGGACAUUUCUUUGCUAAUGCUAGAUUUAGAUAUCUCGAUCUAGAUCUAAACCUGUAGUCUUUUCAAACAUAAAUGGGAUCAGACACAGAAACUAAUCAUGAUGAUUUACAGCAUGAUGUUUUUAAAGGCGUCACGUAUUACAUUGUCGGAAAUAUUAGCGAUAAGGUAACAUCCUUAUUAGAUCAGAAUGGGGCAAAACGAGACUCAUACCUCAGUGAGAUGGUCAGCAUUGUCAUUGCUGACAGUACAACUUCAGAUGAUUACUCCGAGGCUAAAGAACUCUUUGAACUCCCAAUUGUAUCAAGUGAAUGGGUGAUUUUAUCUGCAAAGUGCAAGAAACAACUUAAAAAAGAAAUUUUUUUUCUGGAAGGAAAAUUAUUUUCCGGGAUUGUGGCAUGUCCCUCAGAGCUUGACAGUGAAGAUGUUCUAGCAAUCUGGGGCAUGCUGAUUUACCAUGGUGCCAGAUGUCAGUCUGACCUAGAUGAAACAGUAACACACCUCAUUACAUCUAGCACUAGUAGUGCUAAAUAUACAGCAGCAGUGGAACAUAAAGACACAAUUAAAAUAGUCACACCUGAUUGGAUUGUGGACUCUGUUGCCAAGUCAGAGCGACAAAAUGAGGAAAUCUACCAUCCUAAGCUCCUGCAAUUUCCUAAACCACAGCCACCAAGCCCGCCAAAUCUCAUGCCAGAGCCUCCUCCUGAAUAUGACCUGGAUUCACCGUACACAUCAUUCAUGGAUACCUUACCCCCGCAUGAGAUGAUGGAUGUCUCCCCCAACCACAGCAUAUUUUCUGUCAGAAUGGGCAACAACAAAGUGGGUCAGUUGGAUGACAGAUUAGAAAGUCCUCGGCCAGACACACCGAGUGCAAAAGAAGCUUUGGCUCGGAAAAUUAGCAGUAGAAUAUCCAGUAAAUCCUCGUCUGAGCCCACCACUCCUGAACGCCUCAGUGUGCCACUGCAGCCAGUAAAUUCCCCAGGAUCUUCCAGUGCUUCCCGAGUUUUACCACCAAUCCCACCUGUUGGAAUGCAGCCACGAAUGGACCAAAGCAACAUCAGAAACACAUUAAGAAACAUCACCAACAGAGCUGUAGCACCAGCUUCUAGUGUGCCAGUCAGAUCAACAAUGCCACAGCAAGGGCCUAAGAUGAAUCCCUUAGUUGCCAUUCCAACAAUGCCAUCACAGACACGGCCGCCCCCACCUGAAUACCCCUUCCCACCUAAACCUAUAGCAGCACCUCUUCCUAUUCCACAACAUCAGCCUCCUGCUGUCCCACUUCCCAGUGCUCCCCCUCCAGCCACUAGCGGGCCACAGCCUCCUCCGCCAGGACCGUUAUAUCAUGGACAUGACCCUAAAGAGAAUGUCCCUCCAGACCUAUGUCUACUUGGUUGUGUGUUUUGUAUAGUUGAUUACCAAAAUAUUAUUGGAUUAGAGGAAGUCGCAGCAUGGAAAAAGGUUAUUGAACAAUAUGGUGGGCAAGUCGAAACUUCUUAUUGUAAUCGAGUCAGUCAUGUCUUGUGUGCCAAUCAGAAAUCUGAUGUCUUCAAAAUGGCCCUGAAAGAAGGUAAACGUGUUGUUACAGCAUUCUGGUUGAAUGACUGUUUGCUUCAAAAGAAAAUGGUUCCACCCUGGCAAGCUCUCCACCUUCCAUUGUCAUUUCAUUCAGAAAAACCUGGUUUUAAUCAGAUGAUAAGCGUGACAAACUUUGAUGGCGAAGAAAGAGUUAGGUUAAAACAGAUGAUCAAUGCUAUUGGGGCCAAGUACACCGGCUACAUGACACAUCACAACUCAGCACUCAUUUGUAAAAAGCCUGGUGGUAUGAAAUUUGAGAAAGCCAAAGAGUGGAGAAUAGCAGUUGUGAACGUCCAGUGGCUCUCUGACCUAGUGUUAGGCAACAUGGAUGCAUUGCGGCUUCCUGUCCAUGUGCGUUACCUGCAAGUGGGCCAAGGGAGAGAAUUCCACAUGGAUUUGACCAGAGUGACACACUUAAUGGGUGGUUGGAAAACAACUUUGAAGAUCACCAAAGAAACAUGGAAGAGAUUUAAGCCUCAUAUACAAGCUACCAAUGGCCAGGAGAACACAAUUAAUAAUGGACCAUCACCUCCGAAAAGGCAAAAAGUUGACUCCACCACACUUCCACCAGAUGUGGAUCCUGGUGUGCCAAAAGUUUUGUUUACGCUAUACUCCAAGUCACAAGCAUCAAGAUUAGAGACGAUUGUCAAGAAGCUAGGGGGCUGUACUGUGACUAAUCCAAGGCACUGCACUCACCUGGUCUGUCCGAGUCUAGUGAGAACCAUCAAGUUUUUUGUGGCCAUCAAUACGUGUCGCUAUGUUGUUACUAAAGAAUGGCUGGAAGACAGCAGCAUCCAGGAGAGGUUUUUAGAUGAGUCAGAUUAUGCACUUAAAGAUGAAAGUGGUGAAGCAGCAUUUAACUGUACCUUGUCUGAGUCUUUGGGUAGAGCUAGAAGUAAACCUUUAUUUCAGGGGUUAACAUUUUACAUUACACCAAGUGUAGCUCCACCCAUCUGUGAGUUGACGAGCAUAAUAGAAAGUGCUGGGGGCAUCGUAGUCAAGAGGAGGCCCACUAUCAAACAAAUCUCAGCUUCAGUGGAUGAGAAGGGCCAUCCCAAAGUUAUUGUCAUCACAUGUCUUAAUGAUCUACAUCUUUCAGUUGAUCUCAGAAACAGAAAAAUACCUGUUUUCAAUGCUGAAUUUGUUCUGACUGGAGUUAUGAGGCAAGAAGUGGAUUACAACACUUUCAGAAUCGUCACCACGCAAUGAAUAGACUCAGGUAGCAUCUACCCCAAAAAGGAUUCACUGUGAUUGGGAAAACAAAAUGCAUUGAACAUUUGACUGUAAAAAGCUACGUAGUCAUGUGAAAACAAUUCAUUUACUCAUUGGAGAGUGUUAAGUCAGACGACAUUUGGUGCUAAGAAUGAAUGCCUAUAGAAAAGAAGCAGUUGAUGAAAGAUGUAUGUUUGUAAACUUAAUGCAGACAUUGUACAUAACUAAAAUAUUUGACGUUCCAUUAAAAUGUAUUUGACACAAUUUCAGAAAAAGACUACAUAUGUAUAGCUCUUUCAUCUUGUUAAUUCCUUUCUAGAAUAUUGUACAGUCCCUUCAUAGAUGUUUAGUGCUCUGCCAAAUUUAACAAAGAAAAAUGUUACCUCUUUGGUUGCAAAACAAGCAUUCAAAUAUUUAUGUGUUCAUUUGUAAAAAGAAAAAAAAAAACCUGACUGACAUACGAUGUGCUUUAUAUGAAUAAUUGUUUG